UAUGUGUACGUGUGCAUUUAAAGAGUAGUUAGUAGUAGCUAGCUAGCUUUGCUUCAUCAUAAAUAUAUGCAUUCACAUCUGGCCGGCCUUCAAUUAAUAUUACUCCGUAAUUAAGAGAAGACCAAUCUAUCCUAUAUACUUAUAUAAUUAAAUCAAAGGCUAGGCUGGAGAGGCAUGGAUAGAGGUAGAAGAAGAUCGUCUGGUGAAGACUACUCAGAAGAUGAAGAAGAGUAUAGGAUUGAGGAUCUAGCAGGUCAAGGAUCCAACAAGUCCUCUACCUCUUGGAAGAAAUUUCUCAACUACGCUGGCUCAUUUGAUCUCCGUACUAGUAGUUUUAGGAAUAAUGGAUCGCACAAUAGUAGCAGGCAAACACCCGGGCACUCAUGCCAUGGCUUCCUCAUCCAUCCUGAUAAUAGGUGGUACCUACUGUGGACGCAGUUCAUUCUGAUAUGGGCUGUUUACUCCUCAUUCUUCACUCCGCUGGAGUUUGGAUUCUUCAGAGGCCUCCCGGAGAAUCUCUUCCUUCUAGACAUAGCUGGCCAAAUUGCCUUCCUUAUAGACGUAGUUGUGCGCUUCUUUGUGGCCUACCGCGACACUCACUCUUACCGCAUUGUCUUCAAUCCCAACCAAAUUGCUAUCCGCUACUUGAAAUCUCGUUUUCUGGUUGAUGUGCUCGGAUGCUUUCCAUGGGAUGCUAUUUACAAGGCUUGUGGCAGAAAAGAGCUUGUCCGGUAUCUUCUGUGGAUUAGGCUAAGUCGAGCGCUUAGAGUGAGCGAGUUUUUUGAAAAGUUGGAGAAAGACAUCCGUAUCAAUUAUCUGUUUACCAGGAUUGUAAAACUUUUUGUGGUUGAACUAUACUGCACACAUACGGCUGCCUGCAUCUUUUACUACCUGGCUACCACAGUGCCUCCGUCGCAGGAAGGUUAUACCUGGAUAGGAAGUUUAAAGUUAGGUGAUUAUAGUUAUGCGCACUUCAGAGAUAUCGACCUCUGGAAACGAUAUAUCACAUCAUUGUAUUUUGCUAUUGUUACCAUGGCCACUGUUGGAUAUGGAGAAAUUCAUGCCGUCAACAUCCGGGAAAUGAUAUUUGUUAUGGCUUAUGUUUCCUUAGACAUGAUUCUUGGUGCUUAUCUACUGGGUAACAUGGCAGCACUAAUUGUUAGAGGAUCAAAAACUGAGAGGUUUAGGGAUAAAAUGGCUGAUCUUAUCAAGUACAUGAACAGAAACAAGCUAGGGAAGAGCAUAAGCAAAGAGAUUAAAAACCACGUCAGGUUACAGUAUGAAAGCAGUUAUACUGAAGCCGAGGUUCUUCAACAUAUUCCAGUUUCUAUUCGAGCAAAGAUUUCACGAAAAUUGUAUGAGCCUUACAUCAGGGAGGUCCCCCUUUUCAAAGAUUGCUCUUAUGGGUUCAUCAAACAGAUUGCAAUCAGAGUGCAUGAAGAAUUUUUCCUUCCAGGAGAAGUAAUAAUGGAGCAGGGAAACAUGGCCGAUCAACUCUACUUUGUUUGCCAUGGGAAACUGGGUGAAGUAAGAAACGCCGCUGCAGAAGAAGAAGAAGAAGAAGAAAAUGGAACAGAUGGAUCCUCCUCUGUUACCAGUCUUGACACCUACAGCACCAUUGGUGAAGUUUCUGUACUGUGUAAUAUCCCGGUUCCUUACACAAUUCAAGUUGGUGAACUAUCUAGACUACUGCGAAUUGAUAAGCAAACAUUUCUGGAGAUUGUCGGUAUGUACUUCUCUGAUGGGCGAAACAUCAUCAAUAAUCUCCUUGAGGGAAAAGAUCCAAACCUUGGGAAGAAGAUAUUGGAGUCGGACAUAACACUAAACAUCUCAAAACAUGAAUCUGAGUUGGCUAUGAGAUUAAAUUGUGCAGCUCAUGAGGGAGAUCUCUAUCGUCUGAGGUGUCUAGUCGGUGCUGGAGCAGACCCUGCUGGCGUAGAUUACAAUGGAAAAUCACCUUUGCAUCUUGCUGCAUCCAAGGGACAUGAAGAUAUUGCUCAGUUUCUAGUUCAAAAAGGGGUGAACAUCAAUCUUAGAGAUAACUUUGGCAACAAUCCCUUGUUUGAAGCAAUAAAGGGGGGCCAUGAUCAUGUCACUUGUUUGCUUGUGAAAGCAGGAGCAUCAUUGGAUAUCGAAGACGCUGGAAGUUGUCUUUGCAAUGUUGUUGCAAAAAAGGAUAUACAGUUUUUGAAUAGGCUUUUGGAUAAUGGAGUAAAUCCUAAUUCUAAAAAUUAUGAUCUCCGAACACCGCUUCACGUGGCUGCCUCUGAAGGAUUUUAUCAAAUGUCGUCGUUACUCUUAGAAGCCGGGGCUAGUGUCUUCGCAAUGGACAGGAGAGGAAUCACACCACUUGAUGAAGCUCGGGUUAAUGGAAACAAGAGACUAAUAAAGUUACUUGAAGAUGUUAAGCAUACUCAAAUAUCCAUGCAUCAAUAUAAAUCGCCCGUCGAGAAAAUUCAUGAUGCAAUUAGUGAUUAAUAAAAUUUCACAUGUAAUGUUUGUUUUUCUU